UCCCUUUUUCAAAUCAGUUCUAAAUCGAAACAGUUUUGCAGUCAAUUUGGUUCCUCUCUCUAUCUCUACCAGCUGCUUUCUGUAGGCUUCAGGGAAAUAAAAGCUUUGUUUUUCAAAUUUCAAUGGCGACUGAAGAGCUGCCUCCUUACCCUCAGAUGAUAUUAAGGGCUAUUGAAGCAUUGAACAGUGGCAAUGGCUCAAACAAGUCCACGAUAUCAAAGUACAUUGAAUCAACAUAUGAGAACUUACCAACUGGGCACUCAUCUUUGCUCACGCUCCAUUUGAACAUGAUGAAGGCCAGUGGAGAGCUUGUGUUUUGGAAGAACAACUACAUGAAGAGGGAUCCCUCGGCUGCUCCGCGGCGGGGGCGUGGCAGGCCUCCCAAGCCAAAGGAGCAGAGGGAGCCCCCCAAUGCAACCAAGGCAGUGAAGAUGAAGGUGUCAUCUGGGACAGGGAAGCCAAGAGGACGACCGAGGAAGUUGCCUCAGCCAGUGACCACAACAGCUCUGCCACCACCGAGCGGGAGGCCCAGAGGUCGACCGCCUAAGGUGAAGGCUCUAUUGACUGAAGUUAGCGUUCUGUAAUAGAUAGAUUGUUGCAGUGUGCAGUGCAGUGUUAAUUGGUAGUGCCAUGACUCGCUCUCUCUGUUGCUGUGUGAGCUGUUGUAGUUGUAAUUGAUGUAAAAUGUGGUGUAGUGGUUUGUGUGGGCUCAAGUUGACCUCUGCUAAUCAUCCUUUCUUUAGUGUUUUCAAACCUUAAAACUUCAAACACGACUCAUCUACUAGUAGAUAUUGUCUGUUUUAACUUGAUAUGUAUAGCCGUCUCAUUGU